UUACCAUUUAUCCUCGAUAAGCGUAUCGUUUUAAUCACGUCGUAGGGGUCGGGUUGAGCAUUUAUUUAAAAGAUUCGGAUAUAGCCGACGCGUUUCAAAUAGGGUACAUAUUAUAAAAUAGUUUUAGGUAAGAAUUUGAACCUCGUUAGGAACAUACCGGUACGUGCAGACCGGAGAUCAUUCUGGUAUUGGAUAGGAGAGAAGACAGAACCUACGAGUGGCACGCUGAACUAUUUUGAUGCUUGUUGACCCAAGAUUAAGUUUUGCGUUCUCAAUAUACAUUGACUGGCAAGUUGGCAACUCAUGUUCAUCGGUUUUUCGUGGCGUUGACUAUUAACACGUUGAGUGCAUUACGAACCGCCGGUAGGUUGCCGGAUCUUUUUUUCGGACAAAUUCCGGCAAAAUUUUAUGACGGCGGUACUUACUUAUUAAACUUUAAAAAGUACGAAAAGAAGGAAAAUAGAAUUUUUGCAUGAGAACCAACAAAUUUAAUCGUAAAUAUUGAAUUAUAGGCCUUUUUAGGCCGUUUGGCAACCCUGGCUUGUGAAUCGUAUUGCACUCACAUGUAAAUUGUGUUUUGACCGUAGAAGGCUGACAUACCCAUAAGCGGUUCAUGCGAACCUGCGAAGUGGACGUCUAACAAAACAGAGAAAUGCAAGAAAGAAGUACAUAUGCACUCAAAUUUUGAAUCCUUACUUCCCGUGUUCGAUUCUUACUAACUUGAAUUAGUUGGCUUCCAUAUCUAUCUACGCACAUACCUAUAUUUUUCGAAAUAUUUGUCGUUGAUUAUUUUGUUCCUCGAUAUCUAUGAGAAGUCUUCGUUGAUGGAGGUCUUAUCGAUCCUUUUAUUGUGCUAAAAAUUUAGAGUCGGGUGGUAAUUUAGGAUAAUUAUAGUCCGUCAUCACUGCAUUGAAAAAAAUCUUCUGCGAAAUCUGACUCCUGUUCUACACGUUUUUAUAAGUGUUUUAAAUAGGAUACGAACAAACCUCUAGUUCCAUCUUCUAAAUAAUUAAACUUGCCAUAGGUCGAACACUGAAGAUUCUGUGUAAUCCAUAAAAAGCCGAGGCCAACCUCAUUUAUUCCCUGUAUUCACUCAAAAUAUAGUAUAAAUUGUUCUACCGGGUUUCACCGUCUGUUCACAUUACACGUCACCACCAAGCUUCUCGUACCACCGCGGCCCCACCCGCCAUGCCACCGCAGCGCAUCACGAUGGCCACGUACGGUGGCCCCAGCAUCAGCGUUCGCUACUACGAGGCCCUGAAGCAGCACAUCGAGGCCCAAACGGGCCUCGUCGUCGACCUGCUCUACGACACGGACCGUCUGGGGCCGUCGGUGGAGAGGGGGGAUCAUCAGCACGUCGACGUCGCCUUCACGUCAACGCGGUACGGGCUGGACGUGCAACAGAAGGGUGGCGAGGCCGCGUACGUCGUGCUGCCCGUGGGGCCCGUCACGGCGCACCCCGACGACCCGACCGUCCGCGACGUCGGCUACUACUCAGUCGUAGUCGCCCGUGCCGACCAGACCUAUGGUAGCACCACAGAGUUUCUGGACCUGCGAGGUAGCAAACUGGCUAUCAGCGACGCUCAGUCCUUCAGCUCAGUCACGGCGCUAUUGAACAAGCUGAAGCUGUCGGGCGAGAACGCCGCAUUUUUCCACACCGUGCACAAGCUCGGGAGCCACGAGGCGUGCCUUAAAUCGUUGAUGGAAAUCGCGCUGGAGGUGGCUGUUGUGGACAACCUCGCUCUGCACAACUUCCUCAUCCGCCACCCGCGCGCUGCUGAGAAGCUUAAGCGCCUGCACGUGUUGGGCCCACACCCCCCGCCUCCAGUCUUGGUCAACAAGAGGCUUGAUGAAGGCACGCGAGCACAAAUCUUGAAGGCCCUGAAGAUGCUGCAGCCCCAAACAUCAGACCCCGCUUGCCAGGACGUCCUCGUGAAGCUCGCGCCCUACGGAGUCCUGGGCUUCGGGGCCCCUGAAGCUGAUCUCUUCGACAACGCCCUCGUCAUGCUCGAGAACUGCCAGAAGCUCUCCCUUGACGGGGUCUACUAUUGACCUGAUCAUUCUACCUUUGGGUCCUCUCACUUGUUUUGUUAUGUUACAGUGGCGUUAUUGAUGCCUGGUUUUUAGUGCAAUUGGGGUUUGAUCAUUGAAGUGGGGACAUUGCCGACAUGUGCAGAAUGUUUUAGGGUACUAUUGACCUGAUCAUGCUACCUUUGGAUCCUCACACUUGUUUUGUAAAGUUGAAGUGGCCUUAUUGAUGACCUGUUUUUAGUGCAAUUGGGGUUUGUUCAUUGAAGUGGUAAAAUUACCGACAUGUGCAGAAUAUAUUACGGUACUAUUGACCUGAUCAUGCUACCUUUGGAUCCUCACAUUUGUUUUGUUAAGUUACAGUGGCCUUAUCGAUUCCUUAUUUUUAGUGCUCCAUUUGUGCUUCGUGAUCAUUGAAGUGGGAGUAUUAAAGACCUGUGCAGAAGGUAUUAUGGGUAUUUUUGGGACCAUUUGUGAGGGGUACGGUUCGUUAUUCUUGGAAUUAGAUGCUUUUGAUGGGACACUAAGUUGGGACCAGUUGAAUUAGGGAAACAUAUUUGUUUUCAGGAAUGAAUGUUUGAAUCUGGGCGGUCGACAUUAUUUGAAUGAUUUUAGAUUUGCAAAUCAUUGAUGGGCUACGGGGAGAUUUAUCUUAGGGUUAAUGUAUAUAGAGAAACUGCCUCAGCGAUGAUCAGAAAAAGUUUAAAUGUUUAAUGGAAUUGAAAAUUCGAAUAGCUCUUUACCGCCUAGGUUACGGGCUGUUCUUAAACGUGAGAUGAAUUAUAUAUAUAAGUUCUGAAAGCAGCUGCCGCGUACAGCAAUACCGUGAAUAAUUAUUUGUGAUCAAUUUUACUCAUGAAUCUCUUAAUUUGCUAUGAGCGAGAAACACCGCAGGCUAUUCACCUGAGUGAAGGCGCUUCCGAAUUAAAGCGGUAGCCUUUUAUACUGCACCCUUAAAAGUAAGUCAAUCACAAUGUGCAAUACGUUUCUGGGCUAUGUUCUACCAGACUAAUGAUUAUAAAACGAAUUACAACUAUAAUGAUUCUUAGAAUAAUUCUCAAUUUGCAUUUAUCUGUCACAAAUUUCUAAAAUUAGACAGUUAAAUUUGACUAAGUCUAUUGCCUAGUUUUAACUUUUCUAAAUUAGAAUUCGUGUUUUCUAAGGUGCUGAAAAAUGUUACGUGGAACCAAGGGAAAUAUCUACAUGUUGUUUCUUCUAAUUCUCUUCUACAUUUCGUUAUUUUUGUACAAAUCUCAAUUCUGUGUCUGUGGUGUAGGCAUGUACUUAUCUGUUCAGUAUAUUUUUAUAGAUCACUGAAUUGAUAAAAAUUCUUGAUGAAACUC